AUGUCCGCCGAACACCCAGAAGAGCCGAGCGACGACGAGGAGUCCUUCGAUGACGAGGUAUUUAAGCCCAUGCAUCACCCUGGCAAGCUAAGGAUCGACCUUCAGCUGCACGUGCCCGGCGAGGAUGUUACCUCGAGGCGAGCCAAGCGCGAAAACCUGGAUCGAUUCAUGUGGACUUGCUGCGGGGCAACCGGGCUUGAUCCCGGAUGCGAAGACGGGGGGGACCAGUGGCAGGGAAUUAAGGACAAGUAUCCUUUACCUGAAGAUCACGGCCUGCCCCCGGACGGGGACUACGAGUCGGAACUUUCCGGGAACAGGACGGGAGAGAGCUACCUCGACGACGACGAUGAGGAAGGGGAAGAACAACAGGUCGUGAUCGAUGACGACGAGGACGAGGACGAGGACGAGGACGAUGAGGACGAGGACGAGGACGAGGACGACGAGGACGACGAGGACGAGGACGACGAUGACGGUGAUGAUAUGAUGAACCCCGAAUUGGAAGCAUAUCUUGCACGGGUCGAAAGAAACGACCCGCACUGGGAAGUAGAUCUGUGGGACGAGGAAGCUGAACACGGCGUCGAAUACUACCACCCGGGGAAGCUCGUGCUUGAUGAACCCGGGCAAUUUACGCCUGCGGAGCUGCGAACGAAUCGCCCGCAACGGACCCGACCGGACUUUUUCACCUGGUCCUGCUGUAAUGGUAGCGGGAACGAACAGGGAUGCGAAGCGCGUGAAACCGGCGAUGAGCCCGGCAUCAAGGAAAAGUAUCCAGUGCCGGAGGAGGAGGAAUUCUACCGGCAGAGGAAGCGCCGGCGUCGAGAAGAUGAUGAAGAUGAUGAAGAUGAUGAAGACGAGGACGAUGAAGACGAGGACGAUGAAGACGAGGAUGAUGAAGAUGACGAGGAGGACGAGGAGGACGAUUAUGGUGCUUAA